AUGCACUUGGGGAGCAAAACCGCCGCCGUGAUCCCCCUCAUACCAAUGCACACGAGUGCAGCGAAAAGCAUGCAAUCAGUCAGAUCGGUGGUGUUUCUUCAGAGCGUUUCGAUACGCAAGUUCCGAAACGAGGCUUUCGCGCAACAACGUCCGUUGUUCCUCGCGCUGGCGCACAUUGUAGAGCCGAAGCCCAAGCAUAAUCGUCCCCAUUAUGAACAAUGGGAGCCAGCCUUGCUCUAUCAAGUAUACCACCCAGCUUUCCUCAGCCGCCUCGGACGGCAUCCCUGCCCCUUUCUUGUUGCCGUUCUGUUAACUGGGGCCUAG